UAGUUUCUUUUCAGAAAAAGCAACUGCAAUAAACCCCACCCCUCCAUGUUACUUGUCUCCAUCCACUUUUCUAUAUUUCCACUAUUUUUCAUAGUAUUCUCAUCUUCUUUUCUUCCCUCAAAUCUCAAGUUUCUUCAUCAAUGGAACCUUCUACCAUUAAUUCAUCUAAAACUGAGGAUCAUCACAAUAAAAUACUUUCUCAUCAUGAUAAUCCACCACCACCAACAAUGCAACUUCAAAGAUCCAAAGGUGGUCUUGUAACCAUGCCAUUUAUUAUAGCAAAUGAGGCAUUGGAGAGGGUGGCAACUUUUGGUGUUUUACCAAAUAUGACAUUUUAUUUGAUGAAAGAGUAUAGUAUGGGAGUAACAAAUGCACAAAAUUUACUCUUUUAUUGGUCAUCAGCUACCAAUUUUUUACCACUUAUUGGAGCACUCAUAGCAGAUUCAUAUCUUGGACGCUUCCUUACUAUUGGAUUUGGUUCCAUCUUCAGUUUAUUGGAUCAAGUCCUAGGUAUGGAGAAAAUCCUGUUUGGCGCGCUACCCCUGAAUGAGCCUUAUAGAGCGCGAUCUGGAUUCAAUCGAAGCCCCAAUGUGGACUUCAGACACCGGGGGACAAUUGUGUUGUGGUUAACUGCAAUGAUUCCGAAAGCAAGGCCUCCCCCUUGUGAUCUUCUAGUGUCAUCUCAGGCAUGUAAAUCCGCAACAACAGCUCAAUACACAAUCUUGAUCUCCUCAUUCAUGCUUAUGUCGAUUGGCGCUGGUGGUAUUAGGCCAUGUUCGUUAGCAUUUGGUGCAAAUCAAUUUGAUAAGCGCGAUAAUAAUAAUAAUAAUAAUAAUAUGAAACGCGUGUUGGAGACUUAUUUUAACUGGUACUACGCUGCUGUUAUGAUAUCUGUUCUUAUUGCUAUGACUGGCAUUGUAUAUCUUCAAGACCAUAUGGGAUGGAAAAUCGGAUUUGGUGUUCCUGUGAUUAUUAUGUUCUUCUCUGCUUUCCUCUUUUUUCUUGCUACUCCGCUUUAUAUCAAGCAAAACGUGAUCAACAAUUUGUUGGGAAGAUUUGUUCAGGUAAUCGCCGUUGCUUAUAAGAACAGGAAACUUUCAUAUCCUGAACAGAAUUCUGGUUAUCAUUACAAUAAAGGUUCAGAAUUUAUCGUGCCAACGAGCAAAUUAAGGUUUUUGAACAAAGCUUGCAUUAUUAAAUCCCCUGAAGAUGUUAAGCAAGAUGGUGUAGCAGUCGAUUCGUGGAGUCUUUGUACAGUUGAGCAAGUAGAGGAGCUAAAAGCCCUUGUUAGAGUGAUGCCAUUGUGGUCAACAGGGAUCAUGAUAUCGAUUAACUUGAGCCAAAGUUCGUUCCCUUUACUUCAAGCUAAAUCUAUGGAUAGACAUAUAACUAAACGCGUUGAAAUUCCAGCAGCCUCAUUUGGGGUAUUUACUGUCAUCGCAUUAACAGUUUGGCUUAUUGUGUAUGACCGCGUGAUCCUUCCAUUAGGAUCAAGAAUCAGAGGUAAAUCUUUUCGUAUUGGAACUAAAGAAAGAAUGGGAAUUGGGAUAUUCUUUUCUUGUAUGGCUAUGUUACUCUCUGGGAUCAUUGAACAUAUUCGUAGAAGAAAAUCAAUCAAUCAAGGCCUAUUGAACAACCCCGAGGGAAUAGUGGCAAUGUCAGCAAUGUGGCUAGUGCCACAACAUUGUUUAAAUGGGAUAGCAGAGGCAUUCAACGCGAUAGGCCAAAUUGAAUUCUAUUACUCUGAGCUCCCGAAAAGUAUGUCAAGUAUUGCUACCGCGAUGUUUGGACUUGGAACAGCUGUGGCAAAUCUGUUGGCAAGUGUGAUACUGAGCAAUGUGGAUAGUAUUACCAAAAGAGAAGGGAAAGAAAGUUGGGUUUCAAGUAAUAUUAAUAGGGGACAUUAUGAGAACUAUUAUUGGCUUCUUGCUAUUAUGACUUGUUUAAAUUUGGUUUAUUUUAUCGUUUGUAGUUGGGCUUAUGGACCUUGUGUUGAGAGUUGGAGUAAGAAAAUGGAUGAGAAAGAUGGUGAGAUGGAACUAGAGAAUGUAUCUUGAAAUUAUCUUGUGCUAGUGGUUUAGUGUAUACAUAGUAUAAGUAAAUUAUGUUGUAAUUGCUUUUAGGUUGUUCAUUUUUCAAUCAAGAUUUUUGAUUUGGUAUUA